UAAUGUAUCUUAAUAAAGACAGGAUUCAGUUAAGAAAUACCAUUUGUACUGUACUUCUACGAGAAAAACAUGAGUAAAAUAGUAACUCUAGUAUUGCUGUCUAGUUUAAUAGGUGCUGUUUAUUUGGCAGCACCUAGUUGUAACAAGGAGGUAAAGCUCCCCUUUCCCGAAAACUGUUAUCAGUACUAUCACUGUGUAUAUGUAAUGUAUUGGUGGCAAGCAGUCAUCGAAACAUGUCCUAGUGGUACUGGAUUUUCCAACGUAACUUCUUCAUGUAGUGCAACUGUGAACACCACAACGUGCGCUGAUUCGUUAGUAACGACGACUACUACUACUACUACUACUGCUGAAACAACGACAACCACUACGGCAAUCCCUACAACAACAACGACAACUACUACGCCAGAGCCUACAACAACGCCGACUUCUACACCAAAACCUACAACACCAACAAUAGUAGCUACCACAACACCUGAUGCACUAUUUUGUGGUUGUGCUUCAUAACAUUUUAAUUUAUUUUUUGCAAUAUAAAUUUGUAAAUAAAGUGAUUAUAUUAAAAUCAAUAUUUUAUUUC